AUGUUUUAUCAGGGAGAUUUACAAAGCGGGAUUAGCAAAGCCGUCCAGGAAUCCAAGCUAGUUGCAUGUUUUGUCACAGAUAAUGGCGAGGAGAGCCAGCUAUGGGAGCAGGAAUUCCUCGGAGAUCCAACAGUAAAUACUCUGCUUGCUGAUCAGACUGUCAUCCUUCGCCUUGGCGCAACUUCCCAAGAGGCCGCAUAUCUAGCGGAGAUAUAUCCAUUGCCUAAAACACCUACCCUGGUAGUUAUCAAGAAUGGAGAACUUAAAGAGUACAUCACAUCGGGCACACCCAAGGACGUAUUUCUUCGACGAAUAAGUCUCCUUUUACAGCCAGGCAAUCCUGACACUCCCAUGGCAUCAGCCACGACCAAUAUCACGGAGAAUAGCGCACCGGCGGCACCCAUAGCGCAGCAACCAUUUCUAUCACAAACAGCCAGAAUUUCGAGCAGCACUACUCAAGCACGUGAUGAUACAUCAUCCGUGGAUCCCCGACCGAGGGUUGGAGCGAAUCAUUUAGACGACGCUGCUCGAACUGAAUCCAAGAAGAAAGAGCAAAACGCAAAGGACGAUGACAAACAUACAUCUGAAACAGACGCCGGACGAGAGCCCUCAACAGAAGCUAACCCCCAAGGCCCUCAAAAGGCGGCUGAUAUGAAAUAUGCUUUGCUACAGAAAAAGCGACAGCAAGAGGCCAGAGACGAACGAGCACGCAUCCUCAAGCGUGUCGAGGAUGAUAAGAUUGCGAGGAGAACGAGAGAGGCCAAGCGCAAAGCCGACGCUACCAGGUCAAAAGAGGAAUCUGAAAGCAAGGCUACCACUACUACAUCCAGCAGCAGCAAACGUCCGUCCACUCAAUAUUCCGAAUGUGCCUUGCAGAUUCGACUCUUCGAUGGAGCCACAAUCAGAUCGCGGUUCCCCUCUGGGGCUUCCCUAAAAGCCGAAAUAAGACCCUGGAUUGACGAGAACCAGGAGGGCGACACACCAUAUACCUUCAAACAAGUCCUAACACCACUUCCCAACAAGGACAUCUCUAUUUCCGAAGAAGAACAAAGCCUCCAGUCACUUGGGCUUUCACCAAGUGCAACACUCAUUCUCAUCCCGGUUAGCGGGCAUGUUCCAGCCUAUGGGGGAGGCAAUGCUACAGGGUUCCUGUACGGAGCCGCUUCUGCAGGCUAUGGUCUGAUAGCUUCUAUCAUCUCGCCGAUCACUAGUUUUCUAGGCAGCUUUUUCUGGGGCGGGACUACGGGUUCAGCGCAGGAAACAACAGCAGACGGUCCGUCACCUGCGACGUCGUCCUCUCGCAUUAACGUGAGAACGCUGGGAGACCAACGAGCUGGUCAGGAUGACCAACAGUUCUACAAUGGCAACGCGGUAGGCAAUGAGCUCGAAUUCCCACCUGAGCAGUAA